AUGGCGGAGUCCGUGAAAUCCGGCGUCGAGUCGGUUGACGGCGUCACAGCCGAGAUUUACCAAGUUGAGGAAACGCUUUCUGACGAGACCCUUAGCAAAAUGCAUGCCCCGUCCAAAAAAGACCACCCUAUUGCUACCCCGGAUGUACUAAAGGAGGCAAACGGUAUCCUUUUCGGCAUUCCUACACGCUUCGGUUUGGUUCCUGCACAGGUAAAGGCCUUAUUUGACGCUUGUGGAGGUCUUUGGGCCGCUGGCGCACUAGUUGGCAAGCCUGCGGGGAUCUUUUUCAGCACGGGCACCAUGGGUGGCGGUCAAGAAACUACUGCUUUUACUACAUUGACCUUCCUCACACACCAGGGCAUGACAUUCGUUCCGCUGGGCUACCGCAGCAAACAUCUCUUGAACAUGGAUGAGAUUCAUGGUGGUUCCCCAUGGGGUGCUGGUACAUUUGCCGGUCCAUCUGGUGCUCGCCAACCUACUCAGCUUGAGCUUGACGUGGCGAAAGCGCAAGGUGAGUCUUUUGCUGUCGUAGCCAAGAAGCUAUCGGCUUAG